AUGUAUAAUCUCUUUGUAAAAUUACACCCGGAAUUAACAAAGAUAGUUAAAUAUGAAUUUUACUUAAAAUUCUUUAAAGAGAAUUUUGCAUUAAAAUUCGGGAGGCCUCAAGUAGAUGUAUGUGGACAAUGCGAGGAAUUAACAACAAAACUUAAGGAUUCAAAUUUAAACGACAACGCUAAGAGAGUUGCUGCUGCCGAAUUAAUGGUUCAUAAGCGUCGAGCUAAAAUAUUUUACUCAAAGCUAAAGGAAGUCACUGAUCUGUGCCGUGAACGAGAAGAUGUUGGUGGAAUAGUUUUUGACUAUAUUCAAAAUAUGCCUCUGCCUGUUAUACCUGUCCAGGAAAUGUUUUAUUACAGGCAACUAUGGCUAUAUGGGUUUGAAAUACACGAUUUAAAAAAUAAUACUGGACAUUUUUAUACAUACCAUGAGGGACAAGCCGCGAAGGGACCCAAUGAGGUAUGCACGUUUAUCAAUGAUUAUGUGCAGAAAAUGCCAGCGGAGAUUCAAGAGCUGCACAUAUUUUCGGAUGGUUGCCCGGGCCAAAACCGGAAUAAUACCGUAAUAAGAUAUUUAUUAGCACUUGCAGCUUCAAAAAGAUUUCGCAAAAUUUAUCACUACUUCCCAUUGCGCGGUCACUCUUUUUUACCGUGCGACAGGGACUUCGGAUGUCUUAAGAGAGUGAUAAGAAAACAUGAUCGUAUAUCUUCCAGAAGAUUAUGA